ACACGAAUCAUCAUACUGGAUGAAAGGUAAGGUACAAAGGAGUUUCCCCUUUGGCCGAUUUCUCCUUCCCUCAGCCUUCCACAAUCGCCACCGUCAUCUCCCUUCCUCCAUUUCUCCUCCUCUCCCUCUUCUCAUCCUCCUCACCCUCACCCUUUCUCCAUCUCUCUCCAUCCCCUUCACGCUCUCUUUCUCAAUUCCUCUCCCUCGAUCUCCUUCCCGGCGUCUCUCUCUCUCUCUCUCUCUCUCUCUCUCACUCCGUCGAUUCCCAGUGCCACUGACUCCCAACUCCCAAGAUCUCUGAUUUUUGAUUUCUUAUAUUCAAGGCAUCGGGUUUAGCUAUUCUUCAGUGUAAGGAUGUUUUUUUGAUUCCUUACAAUUUGCCGAAUGGAUUUGGGAAAACUGAAGAAUUUGAUUCGUUGAAAACUGAGAAACUUGGGAGUUGCUUUCUGGGAUGGUUACAAAUUUUUGGUUUGUAUUAGGUCUUCGUGAUUUUGUUGUCAUGUGAUUAAAAUUCAAUGUUUGGGCAAAACUAAGGACUCCAUCGAUUAGUGACAUUCAAGUAUCUAAACAGAUGGAUAGCCCUUUGACGCGGAGCUCUACUCCUAAUUCCUCACCUAUCUCAAAUCCUGGUUCACAUGAUGAAAACCCACGUGUUAAAUUCCUGUGCAGCUUCUUGGGAAGUAUAAUGCCUCGCCCCCAAGAUGGCAAGCUUCGGUAUGUUGGGGGAGAGACAAGGAUUGUGAGUGUUCCAAGGGAUAUUACCUACGAGGAAUUGAUGAUUAAGAUGAGGGAACUAUAUGAUGGGGCUGCAGUGUUGAAAUACCAGCAACCAGAUGAGGAUCCUGAUGCCCUUGUGUCAGUUGUCAACGAUGAUGAUGUGAUUAACAUGAUGGAAGAGUAUGAUAAGGUGGGUUCUGGCGAUGGGUUCACUAGGCUCAGGAUAUUCUUGUUUUCGCAUCCUGAACAAGAUGCUUCUUUGCCCUUUGUGGAUGGGGAUGAAAGGGAUACUGAGAGGCGAUAUGUAGAUGCUCUUAAUAAUUCAAAUGACAUGAAUGAUUUUGUUAGACAACAACAACAAAAUUCCCCUGCACUUAGUGGCAUAGAUGAUAUGCAUGGGACUGAACAUUUUUUGAAUCCAAUGAAUAUUGAAGGUAGUCUUCACACUCAGAGGAGUUGUGAGCCCUUGUCACCAUACCACCUGCAUCAGCUCACAAUCCCUCAUGUUGGGUCUGGGGGGCAACAACAAUCUGUGGCUCAAAGGUAUGGUGAAAUGGAAGCUCCAUGGAGUCCUGCUUUACUUUCACCUAGGCAUCAUGGUCCAUAUGAUUCAAGACCAAUGGGAGACUAUCCAUCUUCUCCAUUUGCACGGUACCGUAUGCCAUUCCCAGAUUUGCCAGAUAAAUAUUUGGAAAGAAUGCCUGAAGACUAUGUCAGGCAACAAAUGAAUCACCAACAUAUGUAUGAACAUCAACCACAGUAUAAUGAGAAUAUUGUAUGGCUGCCAAAUGGAACAAUUAGUGAAGAAUCAGGUUUCCCAGGUAAUAUUUUACAUGGACAUGGUGUCCCAGAUGGGAAUAGUUCUUGUGAACACUGUCGAGCAAAUUUUCAUCGGUAUCAAGCGCACAUGGAGCAAGUUAAUACGAUAAAUGGGCUUCCCCUUGAAUAUGCUCAGAAUAGGGAGGCCUUGACGCAGAAGGCAGACACAAAGUUCCAUCAUGGUAUUUUUCCAAACGAGCAGAAUAUUAAUGAUUACCGAUCUGCUUAUAAUGAGACACCUCCCCAUGACAAAGGAUGGAUUAUGCAACACCAAAUGAGUGUGCGAGGGGAUGACACGAGGACACAUGCUUCUGGGACUGGGCGAUUAAACGAUCACUACAUUGUGGAUGGUUCUGGCUCAAAUUUGCCUCCUACACAAAGUAAUAUUGCUGAUGGCUACCACGCUUCAACAAAUUUUCAUGAUGAGGUAUUUCGUGAUCAGGUUGUGCCUAGUGGGCAACAUAUGUGUGUUCCUCCUCCCGAAGAUCGUGGUGUUGGUUAUAUGCCUUAUGGGUAUGGUGGAGAUCCUCAUUAUCCUCCAAUGUCACAAAGACAUAUGCCUGGAAAUGCCUCUUGGCGAAAUGUUCAGAAUCCAUUGCAUGUUGCUCCCCCAUAUGAAGCAUCUGUUUUCCAUCAACAAGGGAAUGCAAGCAUAAAUCCAGGAUAUAUCAAAGCCAUGCAAGAUGGUAGUCCACGAAUUCAUAUUGGUAUGGACCACCAAAAUCCUUGGCAUGAAUCCUCACAAAAAAUUUUGGGUAUUGAUGGAGCAACUGGUACAGAGCAUGUUCUGAAGACCAACUCAACCACAGUUGGCCAUGACAAUCAACAAUUCACAAGUUUAGAACAUAUCCAACCACAUCUUGAUAAAAUAAACCUUGUCGCUUCUCCUAUGCAGAGGUCAGAUUCAUCUUCAGCAUUUAUUCAAGAAAAAAUGGUUGCACCUUUUCAUCCUAGCCAAAAUCCACAACUAAGGGCUGUUAGUGCGGUUAAUGAAGCUAUGAUGAUGGAAAGGAAAGUUGUGCUUGGGGAAGGAAAUGGACACAUGAUAAAGGAUAUGGGGAAAGCUGACAUCUCUGAAGCACACACUGCAUCUCAUCCAGGGCAGAAUAACACUGAUGAUACAUAUUCCAAGGUUGCACCCCUUGAAUCAUUAAGUUCAGCUUGCACGAACUCUGCAGUAGAAAAUGGUGAUGGCUUGAAACCUUCUGUAGAGACUCUUGAAAAACCUAAACUAUCUGUCAGCCGUCUGAGUUUCUUACCUGAGUUGAUUGCAUCUGUGAAAAGAGCAGCACUUGAAGUAUCUGAAGAGGCAAUGGUUGAAGAAACCGCUCUAAGGAGACCUGAUUCAAUAGAGAAAAAAGAGACAACAAAUGAGCGACACUCCUCGAAUAACCACGUGGAACCUGAGUUGGAAACUGAGAGUGAAAAUCAAAGCUCCAGAAUUGAGCCAACAAAAGCUGAAGAGGAAGCCAUUUCAAGAGGAUUACAAACAAUUAAAAAUGAUGAUCUGGAGGAGAUUCGUGAACUAGGGUCUGGGACUUAUGGUGCUGUUUAUCAUGGGAAGUGGAGAGGUUCUGAUGUUGCAAUAAAGAGGAUCAAAGCUAGCUGUUUUGCUGGACGGCCUUCGGAAAGAGAACGUUUGAUUGCUGAUUUUUGGAAGGAAGCUUUGAUAUUAAGUUCUUUACACCAUCCAAAUGUCGUUUCCUUCUACGGCAUUGUCCGUGAUGGUCCAGAUGGUUCCUUAGCAACAGUGACAGAAUUCAUGGUUAAUGGAUCGUUGAAGCAGUUUUUGCACAAGAAGGACAGGACCAUUGAUCGUCGGAAGAGGCUCAUUAUAGCUAUGGAUGCUGCAUUUGGGAUGGAAUAUUUGCAUGGGAAGAAUAUUGUACAUUUUGAUUUGAAAUGCGAAAACCUUUUAGUGAAUAUGAGAGACCCUCAAAGGCCUGUUUGCAAGAUUGGUGAUUUGGGAUUGUCAAAGGUGAGGCAACACACGUUAGUAUCAGGAGGGGUUCGUGGAACUUUGCCUUGGAUGGCGCCGGAGCUUCUUAGUGGGAAAAGUAACAUGGUGACGGAGAAGAUUGAUGUUUACUCAUUCGGAAUUGUUAUGUGGGAACUACUCACAGGAGAUGAACCAUAUUCAGAUAUGCAUUGUGCUUCAAUAAUCGGAGGAAUUGUGCAUAAUUGUUUACGCCCUGAAAUCCCGACAUGGUGCGACCCAGAAUGGAAGGCUUUAAUGUCAAGCUGUUGGGACUCGGACCCAGCUAAGAGACCAUCAUUUUCAGAAAUUUCUCAGAAGCUAAGGAAUAUGGCAGCUGCAAUGAAUGUGAAAUAGUUGUUAAUCUUCAAUACAACCCAUCCACUAUUCCAUUCAUAAGCUAAGCCAAGAAUUGGCAAAAGACACUUUUAAAAAAAGAACAUGAAGCAUAAUUUUUUCAACUUUAAGGCAAUCUGCUGGUUCUCAAAGUGUAAGAAGGCUAUUAGAUGUGAUGUCAUUCUCUUGUGGAAUCCUUUUCUUUAGCAUAUUACCUAUAGAGUAUGGUUAUUAUAUGUGCUCUAUAGAGACUGCAUUGCUGGGAGACUACAAGUACAUAUAUGAAGGAGAUCCAUGUAGUCAUGGGAAUGAUUUCACUUGGGAUACCGUUGGAAGCGUACGCCGUACGGUAAUGAUACAAUACAUAUAUAUGUUGGUUCUGCUAUAAUUUGCUGGAAGACCUGUUUUCCUAAAUUUUUUCUUUCACUUCUGUAUUUGGGAGUAUAUAUGUAAAUAAGAGGGAGAGAGGGAGGGAGAGGGGUGGAGGGAUUGCAAAUUGGGAAGGUACACAUUAUCUUUGGGAAGGUAAAGAUACUGCUGCAAGCCUAACAAUGUACUUCAUAUCUGAGAUGGAACUGAAUUAAAUUUAUUAUACAUAUAAGUUUUGAGAAGAAAA